AUGGAGGGCGCGCCUGAUACCACACAGGAUGACGCCGCUCCUUCCGUGCGGCAGACCAUUGGGCCGUCGACAACACAUGCCGACGAGCAGUCGCUUGCUGCCUCUACCGCCACCACCGCCGUGGGAAAUCAUCCCCACGACCGCGCGGCUUUGCAAAUCGACGAAGACGAUUUCGACGAUUACGAUUCCACUUACGACCCGUCCAUUGCUUCUUCCAGCGCCUCUCUAACCUCCUCCAUUACCAAUUACUUCUACGAAAACGGUCGCCGGUAUCACGCAUACCGCGAAGGAGAGUACUAUCUGCCCAACGAUGAAGUCGAGCAGGACCGCCUCGACCUUCAGCACGAAAUUUGGAAACUCUGCAUCGGCGAUGCGCUAUACACCGCGCCGAUCCAGGACCCCAAGACUGUUUUGGACAUCGGCACAGGCACGGGCAUUUGGGCCAUCGAUGUCUCAGAGAAGUUUCCCAGCGCUACCGUCAUAGGCACCGAUCUCUCCCCCAUCCAGCCCGGCUUUGUCCCCCCAAAUACCAAGUUCUACGUGGACGACUUCGAGGAUGGUUGGGACUUUCCAGGAAUCGGCAAAUUCGACUUCAUCCAUUGGCGGGCACUGAGUGGUAGCACGGGCAACUUCCCGAAAUUGUACCAGCAGGCGUGGAGGGAAUUGAAGCCCGGAGCGUAUCUGGAGGUGCAGGAAUAUGAUGCUUCCAUCUACUCCGACGAUGACCCCCAAUUGCUGAGAGCCCCAUGGUCACGCUCUUGGUGUGAGAAGCUCGAUGAAGCGAGCACGGCAUUCGGCAAGACGUUGAACGUUGGCCGGUUCCACCGGCAAUGGAUGGAAGACGCCGGGUUCAUAGACGUGCACGAGCGAGUCGUAAAGUGUCCCAUCGGACCCUGGACCAGAGACCCGGCCCUGAAGAAGCUUGGAGGACUCGAGCGAAUGCAUAUGAAUGAUUCUGUCGAAGCACAUUCCAUGGCUUUGUACACUCGCGUGCUGAACCAUUCCAUCGACGAAGCGCGGGUGGUCUUUGAAAUGGUAAAGAAGGAGUUCAACGAUAGAAACUUACAUCUAUACACGGUCUACCGAUUUCUAUACGGGCGGAAACCGGAAGGGUGA